GAAAAUGUAGCAGAUAAUAGAGAGCUCCAUUCCCAUGCUUUACCCAAAACUAGUCCAAACUUCCCCAAACCCCUCUCACCAGCAUUUACUUCAGCUACCCUCUUCACCCACCUAGUAACCCUAGCUCCCUCCACCUCCAGGCUUCACAGCCCGUCUCCAGCUUCAUCAAGGAGCAAUGCGGUGUUCUUAAUGACUUGUAUUGGACUUCAUCCCUUUGUUUAUUGAAAUUGGAGGUUGGAUCAGAGACCUGCGGUCGUUUUAGUAUUAAUGGAAAGCUUAGGUGGCUGUGGGUUUUCUGUUGGAGGAUGUGUUGUGAGGAAGAAAAGGAGUGUUGUAUCGCAUAAGCCUCGCUUGGAUCCACUCACAUUUUCUGAGAGGUCGAAUAUCUUGCUACCAAUUGUACAUCCCAUUGGCAAUGAAAGCCCUGAUAAGAAGCAUAAUAGCAAAGAGAAACUAUUACAUUCUGAUGGACUGCAAAGUGAGAAAAAGCCGAAGAAGUUAAAGCUUAAGCUUCGAGGUGUUACUCAUACAAUCCAAACAAAGUAUACAGUUGAUUCAUGCCCGUCCAAUGACCUCAUACCCCAACCGAAGCCACUUCUCCAGGAUGGCAAACCCAUAUGUUCUUCUGAUCAGGGUAAAGGCAUUGGAGUUAAACGAAAAUACUCCUUGAAAUUUGACUCUGCUUUGAGAAAGGAGUAUCCUUCGAAAGGUGAAAUCUCUGGGGAAAGUGUUCCUGAGGAUGGAAAACCAGCUCGUAAGAGCAAGCGGAUUCAUGAGAGACGUGUCUUGGAUGUGGGACUUAGUGAAGAUGGUAAUGAAGAUGAUGAAAUUCGAUUUCUUGAAAGACUAAAUGCUUCAAAGGUUGCUCUUUCAAAGAGAAGUCAAAUGGAUGGCGCUCAUGGAGGUGAUAUUGGAAACAGAAAAUUACCAAGGCUGCAGAAACAUGGUGGAAAAAAGUUAAGAUCAGAAAAAAAGUAUGAGGAUAAAGACUAUUUGGGAGAAGAAGAAGACGAAGAAGAAGAAGAAGAACUGACAUCUGAUGAUGAACUUCAAUCUAAUAGGAAGACGCUGAAAAGAGGAUCUCUUAGUUUACUUCUUGAAGGGCCACAAAAGUCCACGCCCACCACACGUAAUCGGGCCCUUCAGUCUGGGAUAGAUGUCUUAACUGGCUCCGGUUCAAGCGUUGUUAACCUUGCAAAUCAUUUGCUUCCUGCCUCAUCUAAAAAAAAGGAGAAAAUCUCUGAAGAGGAUAAGCAAUCAAAGAAAGCCGAGGCUGCACAGAGACGUAAAAUACAAACAGAAAAGAUAGCUAGAGAAGCUGAGGCUGAGGCAAUCAGAAAGAUACUUGGUCAAGAUUCGAAGAAGAAGAAGCGGGAAGAAGAACUAAAGCAGAAGAGGGAUGAAUUGUCACAGGGGAGGAAUGCCAGUGCUGUCACACUGGCACCAAACACUGUCCGAUGGGUGAAUGGCCCCAAUGGGACGGUCGUUACAUUCUCUGGCGACAUCGGUCUUCCUAACAUUUUCAGUCCAGUGCCGUGCAGCUAUCCUCCCCCACGUGAAAAAUGUGCUGGUCCAAAUUGUACAAAUGCAUACAAGUAUCGGGAUUCUAAGUCCAAGCUCCCCCUUUGCAGUCUCCAUUGCUACAGGGCGUUGAACGGAAAGACACAGCCUCUAACUGCUUGUUGAUACAGUCCUAAUGGGCACACCAAUUUAGUAGAGCCAAUUGACUGAUUUUGUUGGAAUGUGGAAAGACUAUCUUGUAGUCAUGCAUCCUGAACUGAUCACGGAAUAGUGAAUUCUGACCCCUGAUAUUGUCAGUAUUUUGUAGAACAAUCAAGUAUAAUGAUCGGCGUAAUUGUAAAAGCGAUGUUUUGCAAUGUCACUGUGCCACUUUC